CAUUGUUUACGCGUUGCCGAGAAGAUCCAUCCAUCCCCUUCUCCACUUCCACUGCUGCCACUCUCGUGCACCUCGCCCUCGUCUCGCCGUGCACGCGUCGCCGGCGUCCGAGCCUCUCCUCGCCGGCCAGCCGCCACGGUCACCUCAAUCCGCCACUGCGGCGCGGCAGAUCCAUUGUGUGCGAGCUAGGUCCAGAUCGACGACGCCGAGGAAAUAAUUAAUCCACUCUUCACCUGGCAGGCUGGCACGCGGACCCUCUCGCGUCGCCGGCGCCAGAGCUCCCACCCCCCUUCUCCUCGCCUGGCGAGGCGACUGCCACAGCCCAGUUCACGCCGCGGCUGGAUCCAUCCUUUGAGGUCCAGAUCAACGACGCAGAGAAGAGGAAAUAUUCCACUGUUCACCGUCAGCGCGCUUGGCUCUGAGUUGCACCACAUUCAGGGUUCAGAUCGACGACACGGAGAAUAAAUCAAAUCCACUGUCCACUUGCACUGCGAAUCGAGCGAACUGCGGCGCUGGUCUGCACGACAAAUCAGGUUGUCAAUUGGCAGCACCUGUUAACUGUUAGUGCAUUCAGCAACCUGUCCUUCACGCACAGUUGACUGUCCAAGCUCUGAGCUAGCAUGGCCAUGGAGGCAGCUCUCGUGAGCGUGGCGACGGGGGUCCUCAAACCUGUCAUAGGGAAGCUGACCACUCUGCUCGGCAAUGAGUACAAGCGUUUCAAAACAGUUCGCAAGGAGAUCAAGUCCCUCACUAAUGAGCUCGCCGCCAUGGAGGCUUUUCUCCUCAAGAUGUCGGAGGAGGAGGAUCCUGAUGUGCAGGAUAAAGUGUGGAUGAAUGAGGUGCGGGAGCUGUCCUAUGACAUGGAGGAUGCCAUCGAUGACUUCAUGCAAAGCAUCGGUGACAAGGACGAAAAGCCAGAUGGCUUCAUUGAGAAGAUCAAGAACUCACUAGGGAAGUUGGGGAAGAUGAAGGCUCGUCGUCGGAUUGGCAAGGAGAUCCAAGAUCUGAAGAAACAAAUCAAAGAGGUGGGUGAGAGGAAUGCAAGGUACAAGGGUCGUGAGACCUUCUCCAAGACGGUCAAUGCGACUGUUGAUCCUAGAGCUCUUGCUAUAUUUGAGCAUGCAUCGAAGCUCGUCGGAAUCGAUAAGCCCAAGGCUGAGAUAAUCAAGCUGUUAACAGAAGAGGAUGUUCGUGCUUCAGAGCAACAACAACAACAACAACUGAAGAUUGUCUCCAUCGUUGGAUCUGGAGGUAUGGGCAAAACAACUCUUGCAAACCAAGUGUAUCAAGAGCUCAAAGGACAAUACGAGUGUUGGGCUUUCGUCUCAGUUUCACGAAAUCCAGACAUGACCAAUAUCUUGAGAACCAUUCUAAGUGAAGUGGCUAAGAAAGAUUAUGGUUGUACGGAAGUGGGGAGUAUACAACAACUCAUCAACAAGAUCACUUAUUUCCUAGCAGACAAAAGGUACUUUGUUGUUGUUGACGAUAUAUGGGACAUGGAUACCUGGGAUAUUAUUAAGUGUGCAUUCCCUGCUACAAACUCUACCGGUAGAAUAAUCACGACUACCCGUAUAAACAAUGUCGCUCAUUCAUGUUGUUCAUCAUUCAAUGGCCGUAUUUACAAUAUAAGGGCUCUUGAUAUGGUGCACUCAAGACAGUUAUUUCACAGAAGGUUAUUCAAGUCUGAUGAAGAUUGCCCUUCAUACCUUCAAGAAAUUUGUGAGCAGAUAUUGGAAAAAUGCCAUGGGUUACCUUUGGCGAUCAUUGCUAUAUCUGGCUUGUUGGCUAACAUAGAAAAAACAGAAGAGCUAUGGAAUCAAGUGAAAGAGUCAAUUGGUCGUGCACUUGAAAGAAAUCCUAAUGUCGAAGGAAUGAUGAAGAUAUUGUCGCUUAGUUACUUUGAUCUGCCUCUUUAUCUAAAAACAUGUCUCUUAUAUCUGAGUGUAUAUCUUGAAGGUUCUACUAUUGAGAAGGAGGGACUGAUAAGAAGAUGGGUUGCUGAAGGAUUCAUUCAUAGAGAAGGAAGAUACACGGCAUACGAGUUUGGAGAAAAGUGUUUCAAUGAACUACUCAAUAGGGGUUUGAUCCAACCUGGGGAGUCAGAUAUCUAUCGCGAAGUGAAGAGUUGUCGAGUUCAUGACACAAUUCUUGAUUUCGUCAUAUCCAAGUCUAUAGAAGAGAACUUUGUUACUAUACUUGGGGUUCCCACUCUGACAAUUAGGAGCAAAAGCAAAGUUGUUCGUCGACUCUGUGUACAAGGUGUCGAGAAAGGAAAUUCAGCAGUAUUGAUAGAAGAUCUCGUGUUUUCCCAUGUCCGAUCACUUACUAUGGUUAGGGGUCUGUUGGAAAUCCCUUCUUUGGAGGAGUUCAGACAUCUACAUGUUCUUGACUUGAUGGGUUGCUUCGAAUGGGAAGAUCAUCAUCUUGAAAAUAUAGUGAGGUUGUUCCAGCUGAGGUACCUGAACCUCCAAGGUACAAGAAUAAGCAAGCUCCCGGAACAAAUCGGGCGUUUAGGGUGCUUAGAGAUUCUUGACCUAAGACGCACUCAUGUAAGGGAAUUGCCUGCAUCAGUUGUUAAUCUCAGAAAAUUGAUGCAUCUACUUGUUGAGGGUCAUGUUAAAUUUCCUGAUGGGAUUGCAAAGAUGCAAGCAUUAGAGACGUUGAAAGAUGUCGAUGCCUCCAUUCAGCCAUUAGACUUCCUGUGCGGCCUUGGUCAACUAAUGAAUUUGAGGAAUCUGCGGAUUCACCUUGAUUUUGAAGUUGAUCCUGACACUGAGGAUAGAAAUAUGGUUGGGGAGGAGCACGAGAAAGCUCUUGUCUCCUCCCUGUGUAAGCUAGGCACCCAGAAUCUCGGCUCCCUGACUAUUUAUGGAUGGGGCAACCUCUUACAUGAGGAAUCUUUGUGCCUGCCUACCCUCAAGGACCUUACUAUCAGUGGUCUUCCGGCCUCCUGGCAGGUUUCGACAUGUAUGGGCUCCCUCAGAAAUCUCCAACGGCUAUGCCUUUCUGUUGAGGUGCUCAAGCAGGGCGACCUCUGCACCCUUGGGGCUUUACCCAGUCUGCUCGUUCUGUAUCUGGUGGGAAAAACAGAGUCAAACGGAAAGCUCAGAAUCACUGGUGGAGUUGGGUUCCGAUUCUUGAAGAUUUUUAUUUAUGAUGCAUAUUCUAAACCAGUAGAUCUGAUGUUUGGGACAGGGUCCAUGCCAAAGCUUGAAAAACUCGACCUUAUUGGGUUUCGCAUGGUUGAAGCUAACACUCUCGGCUUUGGAAUUGAGAACCUCCCUUGCCUCACCAGUGUCGAAUGCAUUUGGUUUAAGGGUGAUGAUGGCAUUGUUGAAGCCGUGAAGAGUGCCAUGGAGAGAGCAGCCAGCAGACAUCCCAACCACCCUAGUCUAUUCUUUUUAAAGAGCAGCAUGGCCAGGCGAUUCUGAAGUUUAAGAGUGUUUGGCUCAGUUAUUCUCUUUUUUAUGGUACACCAUAGCGUUGUAUCCUCUCCGUCAGAUAAUGCACUGUGGAGUCGGUGUGAUACAAAAUUGUAAAAUUGGUUAAGACUGCACUGUGCUGCCUCAUGGGCUGUUAGGUUGUUCGAUUAGUUGCAUUUUCUGUAAUAUUCAGUCAUCUGUGUUGAUAAUACAUUUUUCCUUGCAUCAAGCAAACUUCUGUGCCCCUGUUACAAUGGGAAUAAG